CGGAAGAUAGCUGAGACAUCCACCACACCACCAUCACCACAUGCCCAUCCUUCCAAUUCUCCCGGUCAGAGCAGUGUCAUAAUCGCCAGGCGCCUGACUGACAUUGGAAAAUUGCCAUUCUUCUCUUCCCUUCCCGGUUCUGCCACCACAAAACAACAACCCUUCAACACAAAACGCGGUCGUGCGCUGCGAAACCCAUCGCCACCAUGUCCAAGACUACAUCUCUCGCCCUCAUCGCAGCACUAAGCGCGGGAGGCGGCGCCGCCCUCACGGCGACCAUGUACUCGCUCCGUUCCCAGAAGCAGCCUCCCACCGCGGUACCCGCUACAGCCUCACUCUCCACCUCGCCCCCCGUUCCGGUGCCUAGCACACAGGUCUUCACCAACCCCAACGCGCCGCUUUCUCCUGCCUCCGCCGCCUCCGCCGCCGCUGCGCCGUCGCCACCCGGCUCCGUCUCCGGCAACCCCGUAGACCCAGCCGGCCUCUUCGAAUACGGUUUCCCCGGCCCCGUCGCCGACCUCGCGACCCGCCAGGCCCUCAUCUCGAGCUACGACCGCCGCACGCGCAACCCGCACUGGGUUGUCGAGCACAUCACCGCCGCUUCCCUCGCCCAACGCGGCGGCGAUCGCAAGCACAGCGCCUUCCUCGAAGAUGAAGCCGUCCCCGAAAAGUUCCAGGCCAAGCUCAAGGACUACUUCCGUAGCGGCUACGACCGCGGCCACCAGGUCCCCGCCGCCGACUGCAAGUGGUCCCAAAAGGCCAUGGACGAGACGUUCUACCUUUCCAACAUGUGCCCCCAGGUCGGCGAUGGCUUCAACCGCGACUACUGGGCGCACUUCGAGGACUUCUGCCGCCGCCUGACCACCCGCUACCCCUCCGUCCGUAUCGUCACCGGCCCGCUCUACCUGCCCAAGCGCGACCCCGUCGACGGCAAGUGGUACACAAAGUACGAGGUCAUCGGCAACCCGCCCAAUGUCGCCGUGCCCACCCACUUCUACAAAGUCAUCUUCGCCGAGGACGGCAAAGCUGGCGGCAACGUCGCCAUCGGCGCCUUCGUCAUGCCUAACGCCCCGAUUCCCAACAACAAGCCUCUCUCCGAGUUCGAGAUGCCCCUCGAGGCCGUCGAGCGCGCCGCCGGCCUCGAGUUCGCCUCCAAGCUCGCGCCGCAGCGCCGCAAGAGGCUGUGCACCGAGACGUCGUGCGCCAUCGUCGUCAAGGACUACGCCGACAGGCAGAAGUCCUUCAGCAAGGGCGGAUCGCAGUCCCGUUCGUAGACCGAGUACAUGAGAUUGGACUAGAACGGAACGGGGGAGCCGCAGCCAUAGCAAAGGAUGCAUGGCAUUUUCCAAGUCAUUUGCUCCCCUUCCUCCACUUUUUCCUUUUCUCGGCAGACAUUCAGCAAGAUGAUGCGGAUUUUCUUCUUUUCCAUGUCUGUACCAUCAUUGUACCUCUUU